GAUUCUUGCAGUUGUCAUUUCGUUAUAAUUUCAUUUCGUAGGUACGCCUUGGAGAGUUUUUUUCCUAAAAAUAAAUAGAUAAUAUAAAAUAAAUAUAAACUCAACAUGGAUGUCUUUUUAAUGAUUAGGCGAAAAAAAUUAACCAUCUUCACUGACGCGAAGGACACGACAACUGUGCUAGAAUUGAAGAAAAUGAUCGAAGGUAUCUUGAAGGUGUCCCCGCCAAGUCAGAUGCUGUUCAACAAGGACAGCCAGCUCAUGGAGGAUGAGAAGACCUUGGCCGAGUAUGGGCUGACGUCCGCCACCGCCAAGGCCCAAUGUCCCGCACCUAUCGGAUUGGCUUUAAGGAAGGAAAAUGGUGAAUUUGAGGCUUUGGAUCUGACCCCGUACUCUUCGCCACCGGAUUUGCCAGAUGUGAUGAAAUCACAGGAAACCAACGGACAAGAACAAAUGGAUCAACACUAAACGACUCGGCUGUGGUUUGGACGAAACUGAUGCAAGCACCAACUUUGCAUAGCAAUGAUUUUGUAAUAUACCUAGUUCAUACAAGUGGACUAACUCGCUCGCCGGCCUCCACCAUCGGUCUGCGUGCGACACCUAACUAUAUUUUUUUGCAUAUAACAUAUUUUGUUAUUAAUUUAUCGAUCAUUUUGCUCGAUUUUAACAUAUUCUGUUACGUCUACACGUUUCUUUGUAGUAUUUUUGUGAUGCUUUGUACGAAGGGAGUGUAGCUUUUUGUAGUUUAUUGCGAAAAUUUCAACCACUAUUACUUUGUGGUUGCACAUUUGUAAGUGAUUGAUACUAGUUUUGUUACAUUUAGACGUAGAGGUGGGUCCGCGCGCCUGUCGGAGCCUAUUCUGAGAGUUGCUAUGCCGUGCGACCAGAGACACCUAUUGAUGUAUCGGUAGUCCACUAUGAGUGACUAGUCCGCAAUAGAUCCACACGUUUGUCUGCCUAGUGAACAGGGCGCCGGGUAUCAGGUCUACGAAUGAAUUACAUCGAUAUACUUAGCUCAAUUUGAAGACUUAGGAUGUAGUAACGGUAUUUAUUUGAGCCGCGGUGAUGGCCGGUACAUCUGUAGCGCGACGCGCGGCCGCCUCGCGUUGUCGUCUACGCGGUGAGGACUAUUGUUAACUUAAUGGCACAAUUGAUAUUAAACGUUCGUCAUCUAUUAUGGCUUUGUUAGAAUACCUAGGCCAUGAAAUUACACUAACGGAAUUAUAUCGUUAAUUAAUAAAAAUAACUAUAAAUAAUAUCUCAAUUUAUAAACUGAAUGUUAGAAGAUUUGUGCCUAUCAAAUUUCGCACUUAACUAAUUGAUAAUUAUUUAAACAAUCGUUCGUUACUAACACCGCGACGCAGUUUGUUUUCAGCUUGACGCUUCAACAUGUACCGAUCUGUCGCAUACGAGGGUACCCUUAUAAUAAAACUCAUUUCUCGGUAGCAUUAUAUGCGUAGUCGGUGUAAGGAUUUGUUUAUUUGUAGCGAGCUCAGUGCGCCAAGGUCUGAAUAUAACAUAUAGGUAGCCAAAUUGUUCGUGGGUAUUCUUUCUAGUACACUUGUUCUUAUAUUGGAAAUAAGUUUAUUUUAAGAUACCAUUUUAUUGAUGACUAACGAUGAUUUACGUUAAGCUACAAAUAAACAGAUUGAAUAAUAUUAAUAUACAGAUUUGUUAGAAGCAUGAAGUAAUACUGAGAAACCAUAAAAACUCGAGUAAAACUGAUCUCGUAACAUCUCAUUUUUUAUGUGGAUUUUUUUUUAUUUUUACUUUUUAUCUUUCAGUUUGUCACAGUAAAGCAAGUCCAUACGGCUGUAUAAUUUCUGCUAGGUUUGAUGUCCUAUCACUCACUCUGACGUAGACAGCUGCAAUGCGUUGCUUCCUCCCUCGAGUCGUUGUGGUGACUGCCGGAGACGUUUAUCAGUGUUACUUUACCACUCAGUCACGUUCAUGCGUACACCUUAUAAAUAUGAUUUAAAAUUAAAUUAAUGAUACGGUAUUUAACUGAUAUAGUAUAGAACGGACUAUAGAUAGUAGCUAAUUGAAUAGGGGUAAAAUAGGGGCUUUUUAUAUUUCGUAAUUACAAAAAAAUAAUCUUCGUUUGUCUGCAACAUUCUUUAUUGUGAUUUAUAAAAGUUACUUUGUAUUGCAAAUGAAUUUGAAUAAUGUCUAGUUCCUCUCAACGAAAACUAUUUUUUCUCUAUUUUUUAUGUAAUUUUUCUAUUGCACCUUUAUUGAUGUAAGAUGUUUUGUAUAUUUUGGUUGGGGUUCAUCCACUAUAUACAGUCUCGGUGCUCGCCGCGCGGGCCCCGGCCUGCCGGCUAGCCGCUUACGGUGCAUAGCUAGAUAAUAACACGAAAAUCUCCAAGAGUCAGACUUGCUACCAAAUACAAUUUCUUUUUAAAUUCAAAUCCAAAAAUAGUAGGAUAGUUGAGUAUAAUGCACCUUAUUGCACUUAAAAUAAGAUAGAAAAUUGAUGAAACAUUGUUUUGUGAUUGCAGACACCGCUACCAUGUGUUUACCGCCAGUAUUUACGUGUCGUGAUAAGUCAAUGUUUUGUACCAUACGCUUUCUCUCUAUCGAAUUAGUAGUGUCCGAGUAAACCAUGGUAGUCGCGGCCUGGUCGAGGUCCCGGUGUGACGCUGUGCGGUGGUUAGCUGUUAUUUCUCAUACUACUCAACUUUUGUUCAACUCUGCUGGUACAAAUCCUACUGUGAUGGAAGUACACGGCACCAACAUUAUUUAAAUAUGUAUUUAUUCGUUUUAACAUUUAAGCUAUUGUAAUCUAAGGUCUCACAUCGGAGAGGGUUUUGUAUACCAAUUAAUUAUUAAAUAAAUUGAACAAAACCGCUUGGAAUACAUAAUGAGACUUAGACAAAGAAUACCUAGUGUAGUUUUCAAAAAUCCACAGAUGAGCCAGCAGGAAAUAAAGCUGUUUUGAUUUGUU